CGAGGGGACGGCCGGGCCUCGCCCGGUGCCAGCGCACCGAUUCUGGGCUGCCGUGGGCCUCGCUGAGGUGGUGCCUUCAGCCGCCCUCCCGGCAGCCCCCAGCUCCCGCUCCCUGCCGAGGCCUCCUGACAGCUCUUCUGCCUUUUUUGCAGAGGUUUUUCCAGGCCACGAUCAUGAGUGAUCAAAUCCAGUUCAUUGUUGAGAAGCUCAAUCAGGAGCCCUUCAGGAAGAACUACAAUUUAAUCACGUUUGACUCCUUAGAGUCAACGCAGCUGUUGCAGCUGCUCAAUGAUGUUCUGGGGGAGAUUGACCCAAAGCAUGCUGUUGACAUUAGAGAGGAGCUGCCGGAACAAACAGCUAAAAGAAUGUUGAGUCUCCUUGGUAUCCUUAAAUACAAACCUCCAGGAAGUAUAUCAGACUUGAGUACAUUUCGCCAAGGGUUAGUUACUGGAAGCAAACCUGUAAUUCAUCCUGUCUUACAUUGGCUUCUUCAGAGGACCAAUGAACUCAAGAAAAGAGCUUACCUGGCACGUUUCUUAGUAAAAUUGGAAGUGCCAGCGGAGUUCCUACAGGAUGAUACUGUGGCUGACAUCAACAAACAGUAUGAAGAACUGAUGGAAGCAUUUAAAAACCUACAUAAGGAGUGCGAGCAGCUCAAAACAUCUGGUUUAUCUACUGCAGAAAUAAGAAGGGACAUCAGUGCAAUGGAAGAGGAGAAAGAUCAACUCGUCAAAAGAGUAGAGCGUCUUAAGAAGAGGGUGGAGACAGUACAAAAUCAUCAACGAAUGCUUGAAAUAGCAAGACAGCUUCGCUUAGAAAAAGAGCGAGAAGAAUCUUUGGCUCAACAGAAACAAGAACAAAAAAAUCAGUUGUUCCAUGCAGAGCAGAGACUGCAAAGAGCACAGCUCCAGCUGAAAGAGAUGCAUCAUGCAGUAGUGGAUUCAAAACCUGAAAGUUUAAUGAAGAAACUAGAAGAAGAGAUAAAUUUCAAUUCAUACAUGGUUACUGAAAAAUUACCUAGAGAGCUUGAAAGUAAGAAGAACUCAGCAUAUUUCUUACAAAAGGUGGUUGCAGAGCCAGCUAUGAGUCAAUCUGAUCUCAAUGUACUUGAAAUCAAGAUAAAUGAAAUAAAUGCACAAAUAAAUCAGCUUAUUGAGAAAAGAAUGAUGAAGUAUGAGCCAAUUGAUAGUAAAUUUUCCAUGUAUCGCCAACAGGCAUCUAUAAUUUCCCGGAAAAAGGAAGCCAAGGCCGAAGAACUUCAGGCUGCUAAGGAAGAGAUGUCCAGCACUGAAAGGCAGAUGCUACAGAAGACCAGUCAGGCCCAUGAGUUAGAAGGCUCUGAAGUUCUGAAAGGGGAUGAGUUUAAACACUACGUUAAUAAGCUCCGGAGCAAGAACACAUUUUAUAAAAAGAAGCGACUGGAAAUAGCAGAAAUUACAGCUGAGUAUGGUAUCCUCCAGAGGACAGAAGAACUUCUAAAACAGCGCCACGAGGCUAUUCAGCAGCAGUUGCAAGCUAUUGAAGACAAGAAAGGUAUUUCUGGAUACAGUUACACCCAGGAGGAGCUGGAAAGAGUAUCUGCAGUAAAGAGUGAAAUGGAUGAAAUGAAAGGCCGAACACUAGAUAACAUGUCUGAAAUGGUAAAAAAGCUGAACACUAUGGUAGCAGAGAAGAAGGCAAGCCUAGCUCCUGUUAUCAAAGAACUGAGACAGUUGCGUCAAAAGUGCCAGGAAUUAACUCAAGAAUGUGAUGAAAAAAAAAUCCAAUACGACAGCUGUGCAGCGGGGUUAGAGAGCAAUCGCUCUACACUGGAACAGGAAGUGAAAGGACUUCUGGAGGAGUGUGUUCAGGAAGAAAACAACUACCGUUAUAUUAACUGCAUGAAAAGGAAUCUAGAAAUACAGCUGCAGCGUGCUAAAGAAGAAAUGAAGGCAUACGUCUCCGCAGACCCACAGGAGAGACGAAAGGCAAUUCGAGAACAGUAUACACGAAUGAUCCUUGAACAAGAAAACCUUGGGAAGAAAUUACGAGAAAAGCAGAAAGUUGUACGGGAAAGUCACGGGCCAAAUAUGAAGCAAAUUAAAAUGUGGCAGGAUUUUGAGCAGUUAAUGGAAUGUAAGAGAGAAUGUUUUCUGAAACAACAAAAUCACACAGCCAUUGGUCAAGUCAUUCAGGAAGGAGGUAAAGAUAGGCUGGUGUUAUGAAUUCUUUCUUCUACCAACAUGAAGUAGGAAGACUGUGUUGGCUUCCUAAAGGUAACCUCGUACUAAAUAUCGUUGCUUUCAUCAUUUCUACAUGUAUUUGUUGUACAUCAUUUGUUUUUGGCGAAUAAACAAAAAGCAACUAACCACUCUACAAAGCUUUUCCUCCAUCGUUUCAGUGACAUAACAUGGUUAGGAAGAUCAGUUAUCAAGAGCUGCACUAGGGUGAACCUCGUCGUAAAUCUUUUGGUUUAUGAGGCUGGGAAUGGCAUGCAUCUGCAGAGAGAUCAAAGGAAAAGAAAUCCUUCUCCAGGGUCACAGAAAACUUGGGUAAUUGCUGUGUUCCUUAUUCUGUAUCACUAAGGUUACGUUUUUGCAAGGCCUGGGACUUGAUAUUGUGUAAUUGUGACCCUCCUGGCUUGGCCCUCUCCUUCCCUAUUGUCUUUAUUCAUCUAGUGUGACUGGCAAGAAUGGAGCCAUUUUCGCUCUGAGCUGCGCAGACCUUGCCUGCACACUCCUAGUCAUACUUUCCUUGCACGGUUGAAUUAAACUGAUUGUGCUUCCAGGAGACAGUUCAUUGCUACAGCGUCGGGAAUAGGUUCUGAGAACAAUUACUUGGACACUGAGAUUUUUCCGUUAUCUUUUUGUUGUUGUUUUUAACAAAUGUAUUUUCCUUAUACCUUCUUCUAUUUCUUCUGAGUUGCCCAUGAGAAAGUGUAAACGGUGGUCGACUAAAAGCUUUCUCCACUGAGGACAUUUUGUGCUGUUUUGUCUCUGCAGCAGGUUCCAAAGUGAUUACACUACCCAAAGAGGGUCGUCCCAGGGAUGGAGGGAUAUUGAUGGAUGUAAACAUGGCAGAGUGGCUCUUGCAUAUGUUGGGGUGUGCAAAACAGGGAGACAGGCAAGGCUGCCCUGUACUCCGGCUUUGACCUGUGAGCUACAGGCAACUGUCACUGCCCUUAAAAUUGCAUCAUGAGACCCAGGGUAGAGGAAUGUAGGUGAGGCUCGAAACUGUCCCCCACACUUCAUCAUCUCGGAUGAGCGCCUCUUAGCCACAAACGAAGAUCAGAAGCAGAGAGAUAAGUCUGCGGGAGCAGAACUCCUGCUGUUCUUCUUUAGUCUCUUGGCUUGUUGAAUUUCUAGAUAGGUUUGGGUUUUUUUAGCUUUUCCUGCCUGAGGUAAAAUGUCUUUUCAGGACAUAAAAAAUAAUUUCGUUUUCUCUGGUGCCGAACUAUGAGAUCUUCUGCUGUUUUCUAUAUCAAGAAAGAGUAUGGUAAUUAUAUAGUUCCUAGUUUGCCUUUGCAUUAAAUAUAUUUGUUAACAGAACUAAAAUAAAAUCUGAUGACU